AAUUAGAAUUAGGUUAUGUUAGGUUCUAUGUUACGGGAUUAAUGAUUACGUUUUUACAUGCUAUAAAUUAUAAAAUAAUACAAUUUCAAGUGCGCGUAAACAUGUUGUUGUUAAAACGUGGAUGUGAGGUGAACUUUACACAAAGUUUGCCAAAAACGCUGAGGUUUCUCGCAAUGUAUUCAAGCGCCUCGGAACCAAAUCAACGGGAACAAUUUCGAGUACUGGAACUGUACCCGCGAAAAAAGAAUUUCAUACAGGAGAAGCGAAAAGUACAACAUAUAAAUAUUCCACCGCCUAGGACAAAGGAGAUGCCUGUUGACCAGGACUGGCCGUCGAUCUGGCCAGGUGCGCGAACCUUUCAUCCUGCUUCGGUACCUCUUCCAUUGCGCCAAGGAUACCAGGAAAAGGAUGUACCACCCAAUAAAUACGCAAAUACCGAAUUAAUGAAAAUACCAAAUUUCUUACAUCUUACACCACCGGCGAUACAAAGGCAUUGCGAAGCGUUGAAACAGUUCUGUACAGAGUGGCCCGCCGGUUUGGAAACAGAGGAGAAAUGCAUGAAACAUUUCCCCAUCGAGAUCAUUACAUCUGAUUAUUGCUACUCUUCACCCACCAUAAGAGAUCCACUCGCUAGGAUUGUAAGUCUACGAAUAAGGAUGUCCUCACUUCAUUUAGAUACUCAUGCCAAAGAUAAGCUGCUGCGAUUACUGGGAAACAAGUACAAUCCAGACACAGAUAUGAUAACAAUUACAGUUGAUAGAUGUCCAACCAAAAAGCAAAACUUGGAAUAUGUACGGUAUCUACUUACAGCAGUUUAUCACGAAUCUUGGAGGAUAGAACCAUGGGAAGCCGAGAAAUCAGAGGCAGACAUGGAGUAUUAUGAUUGGGACACCAGCCCGAGUCGUACACACUUAGUAACGCUGUACAAAUGGCCAGAACCACCGACGGAUUAUGAUUACGAGACCAUUCCGCACGCAACGGAAUACAAAAUUGCCGUUUCAGAUCUUAUAAACAACGGCGAAGAUCAGUACUCGGUCAAUAAGUACAAGGAAGCUGUUAAAAAUUUGUUAAACCUCAAGUGCGAUAAUAAAGAUUAAAUUUUGAGUAAAAUUGAA